AUGGAGCACAGCAAAGGGAAGAGGUUCGUGAUAAUUGGAAGUGGUCCAACUGCUCUGGGAGCUGCCUAUCGGCUGCACGAACUCAUUCAAAACGGUGAAUUACCGUCAUCUACGCAGGUCACUGUGCUCGAAAAGGAAAUCGAAGUAGGCGGAUUAGCCCGUUCGGUGACCGAUCGACGAGGCUUCACUUGGGAUCUAGGUGUGCAUGUUACUGGUUAUUCAAAAUAUCCAAAGUUCACACAUUUAUUGAAUCGAACUGUGCGCCACUGGAACAACGUGCCUCGAUGUGUGAAGGGGUUAUAUGAUACUGAUGAAAUGUGGGAUAAGUUUUUUCAAGCAUUUAGUUCAACUGUAAAAUCUGGUGGCUAUGAAAUCUCUAUAUGCCAGGCAUACAUGAGGCAUGUGAUCCAAGACGACGAUAACGUGGAGGCGAACUACGUCCCAUACCCUGUGCAAGAUUCGAUACCGUAUUUCCCAGAAGAAGUAAAACUGAGGUGUCUGGACGAAAUUUCUUCGCAAGCGGUUCCCUCCAAGAAAGCAGAGAACUUCGACGAUUUCACAGCAAAUACUUUUGGAGAAACACUGCAAGCAAUUUUUAUUCGACCAUACAACGAGAAGGUGUGGACCGUGACCCUUGAUGAGAUGAACUGUGUCUGGGUAGAAAAUCGGGUCCCAAGGACCAAUAUCGAGGACUUGACGAGACGCUGUUCACGUAAGCAACGGAAAGGCGAGCGAAUACGACUACGUGAUAUCAACGAUGCCUAUCGUGGAGUUGGGCAGGAUAACUUCGCUUUGCCCGAAGAUCAGCUUGAGCCAUUCAAAGUACUUGUUGGCCUUCUUUCCAUUUCUGCAUCUCAAGUUGUCCUUGUCGGAAUCGGGAUGCGUCGACCUCAACCAGAAUUCACGGAACAACUUUCCUGGCUUUACUUUCCUCAGCCUGACAUUAUUUUUUAUAGAUGUACAUUUAUGUCCAACUUCAACGAACGCCUCACACCAAAUGCAGUACUUUUUUGGUCAGUUCUUGUAGAAAUUGGAAUGAGUUCCGACGAAGACGUCAAUGAGCACACAGUGAUUGAUUGCACUAUCAAAGAUCUCAUAGAGCACGGCAUAAUCUAUCCAACAAGCAGAAUAGAGUCGACAUGGCUGCACGUGCUUCCGUAUGGCUAUCCGAUUCCAACAUUGAACCGCGACAGGGAACUACAAAAGGCUCACGAGUCACUCGAAGCAGCGAACAUCUACUCUCGUGGAAGAUUUGGCAGCUGGCGAUACGAGGCAGCUAACCAGGAUCAUAGCUUUACUAUGGGCUCAGACGUGGUCGACAGACUUGUCUAUGGGACAGAAGAAACACUCUGA